GUGUGGUUGUUCACGUCCCUCUCCGUCCUCAGGCCUGCAGGACUCGGACGAUGAGGACGUCAGCGAGGACAUGGACAUGAAGAUCGAGUCGAUGCUGGCGCCCAAGCGGAUCGUCAAGGAGGUGAAGCCGCAGAACGGCGGCGGCGGCGGAGGCGGCGGUCAAGGCGGCUCGGGGACGAGCGGCACGGCCGGCACGCCGUCGGGCCUGCCCGGCCUCAUGACGACGCCCGUGUUUGGCGGCGCCGCCGGCGACAAGUUGGAGCUGGCGCGCCGGCUCGCGCUCCGCAUCAACGCCCAGAGGAACCUCGGUCCCGACAACCGCGGCGCCAGUCAGCAGACGGCCGAGGCCGUCAUGUCGGGCCGCGGGUCCCAGCCGCUCAUCACGGCCAAGAUGGUGGCGGAGCAGCUGGCGGCCAAGCUGAACACGCGGCUCAACUACAUCCCCGAGGAGCGCUCGGAGGAGGAGCCGGAACCCGAGGAGACUUUCACCAAGUACGAGGAGGAGCUGGAGAUCAACGACUUCCCGCAGCACACGCGCUGGCGCGUCACCAGCAAGGAGGCGUUAGCACAGAUCUCCGAGUACUCGGAAGCCGGCAUCACGGUGCGCGGCACGUAUUACGCGCCCAACGCCAAGAUUCCGGAGGGUGAGCGCAAACUAUUCCUGGCCAUCGAGUCGACCUCGGAGCUGGCCGUCAGCAAGGCCAAGGCCGAGAUCACUCGUCUUAUCAAGGAAGAGCUGGUGCGCGCGCAGACGUCGCACCACUCUGGCGGCAACCGCGGGAGGUACAAGGUGCUGUGACCGCCGACAGGUGGCGGGCGUGGGACGGGCGUGUUGUGGGGUGUGUUUUCAUCGUCGCGCGGCCGGGCACCAUCCAUCGAUCAUUGUGCGGCCGCGUGCUCAUGGAUCCGUGCGAUCCCGCCUGGCAGAUCACCCGCGGUGCGUGGCCGUGUGAGGCUGCUGUCGGCAGCACUGGCCGGAGUCGGGGCACAAGCUCCCGCAUCGCGCGUAUUUCUUCCGGG